AUGGAUUCCAUCAUAUCCACACCACGGUUGAAGCUGAUUCUGCUGACGAAAGUCGAGAGGGAGAGCCCAGAAUUUGAAUGGCUUCACCGACUCCACAGCAACGAGAAGUCGAUGUUCUGGAUGCUCGGAGGACCGUCAGACUCAAUAGAAAAAACCGAGAAACUCAUCAGCAAAUACCUGCCGGCAGAUGAAGAAGCAAGAGGGGGCUACCGAGCCGUCUACACUGUUCAUCGAAUCGAUGAGCCCUCCGAGUUCAUCGGCAUUAUCACAAUCAGCUCACUUGAUUCCACUAGCCUCCCGCUGCCAGAGAGUCUUACCAUACCAGCAACAGAAGCAGAAACGACUCUGACCGCCGAAGUUGCCUAUUCGUAUCUUCCGGCCGGAUGGGGUAAAGGCUCUACGUCAGAGCGAUUGUAA